UCAUCGUCAAUAUUAUACUUCCAACGAUACGUAUAUUGUGUUUUAUUGUAUGCAACGUGCAUAUAUGUGUGCGGAGUUUCAUGAAUCGAUUCAUGUGGUAUAUUUCAUAUGGUAGGGCAUUAUAAUAAUAUCGUAUAGCUGUGGGUUAAGCCACUCAAAUUCAAACCGACGUUUCCACGCACCGCGUACGCGACGUAAAUACAUAAUACGAGUUACGUACAAUAUCAUAAUAUAAUAGGUAUUAUUAUAUUGUGAGAUAUAUAUGUAUGUAUGUGUAUAAUAUGGCCACCGGGUAUAUCGGAAUGAAACGUUAUAUAUUAUUUUUUUUGUAUCUAUGAUUUUCUGCACUCGUGUCGCUGUUUCGUUUUCCGUGUAAUUUAUUUUCGAAGUCCGGCGAAAGACGUGGACGGAGAAAAACAGCAGAGACAGACAGAGAGAACGAAUUCAUAAAAUAAAGAUUUUUAAUCAAACUCGUUCAUAUUGUGUCGAGAGUGACGAAAAUGUAUAAGUAACAUUAAUUGCACAUCAAAGACAUUUAAAUCGAUAAGAAUGAGUCCAAACGCUACAGACUCGAGUACCAUACUUAGGGAAGAAAGAAAAAUGCCCAACGGCUGUGCAAACGGAUGGUCGAACAUGUCGGAUUCGGCCGAGAAGCAGCAGUGUUGGAAAAAUCAAGCAUUUCUCAAAGUCAACGAAAUCGUCGGCCUGGUCAAGUACUACUGUUUGCGAGCAUACAUUGUAUUUUGGCACGAGCUGUCUAUGAAUCCGAGGGUGAGGAGCAGUCCGUUCAGUCCGCCGCCGGCCGACGAAUUGAUUUUGUCAGCUGAUGAUAUAUUCUCCACAAGGCGUCGACGUUUAUUUUUCACAAGCAUUCACUUGCUGGCUCUGGGCGGCCUCUACUUCUGUGUCACGGGCCAGGUGAAACUGUACACCGUAUUAUUCGCGCUCGCGGUCGGAACCAUGUCGUCGAUCGGCGUGACGGCCGGCUCGCACAGGCUGUGGUCUCAUCACGCGUACAAGGCCAAGUUGCCGCUGCGCAUCAUCCUGGCCCUGUUCCAGACGGUGGGCGUCCAGUACAGCAUUUACAACUGGGUGCGCGACCACCGGCUGCACCACAAGUACACGGACACGGACGCGGACCCGCACAACUCGAACCGAGGAUUCUUCUACUCUCACGUCGGCUGGGCCCUGAUGAUGCCCCAUCCGGCUUUCGAGUCAAAGGUUUCGACGGUGGACAUGUCCGACAUGGAGUCGGACUGGGUGGUGAUGUGGCAGUACAAGCUGUACGCUCCGCUGGCCGCCAUCCUGUCGUACGUCCUGCCCACCGUCGUGCCGUGGUGGCUGUGGGGCGAGGACCUUCUGGUCGCCCACCUGGUCGCUGCCCAGCUCCGGCAAGUGCUCACGCUGCACUCCACGUUUCUCAUCAACAGCGCCGCGCACAUGUGGGGAGUCAAGCCUUACGACAAGAACAUCAAUCCCACCGAAAACAUGUUCGUGUCUGUGGCCACGUGCGGAGACGGCUGGCACAACUAUCACCACACCUUCCCCUGGGACUACAAGAAUGCCGAGCUACUCGACUACAAACUGAACCUGUCCACGCUUUUCAUCGACGCGUUCUCGUUGAUCGGAUGGGCUUACGACCUGAAGACCGUUCCCACCGAACUGGUGAACAAGCGAGCCCUGCGCACCGGCGACGGUACGCGCAAACCGUUGCCCACCGCCGCCGACGAAGCGCGGACGGCAGCGGAUGCCGCGGCGGCGGCGGCGUGUACGAACGUGUACGGCUGGACCGACAACGACCUGCCCGACGAGGACCGCCAAAUGGCUCAAAUAUACAAGAAAUGCGAUUAGUGUGCGAUUUUCGUCGCGCCGAGUUUCGCUGUCGUGAGAGCGUGAAAUUUGGGGGAGGGGGGGGUUUGGGGUUUGGAGUUUUACCAAAAUUUUCAUUAUUCUCAGGUUUUUUUUUUCCUUUCCAUUCGUUUUAUCAAGCACCUUUAUUAUAUUAUCGGGGGAUGAGUGUUUUUUUCUCUUUCUUUUAACCAUUUCUCUAGAGAUAAAUACGAUUAGAUAUUAUAUUAUAAUAAUAAAACGGUUGUAAUAUUUACGACGAUAAGCGCAUCCUCGACAGUCCCGAGAACUUUAUAACGAACGCGAUCGAUAAUUGAGAAUCAUUAUCAUCGUCAUAAUCGUCAUCAUCAUCAUAAUCUUCAUCUCGUUGACCGUUGUGCAUAAUAAUAUUGUUAUUUAUUAUGUUCGGCGGCCGAGGUUGUUUGGGCGCGCAGUGUAGUUCGGGACCGUCACGUGCGCUUAACUAUCAAAAAGACUGCAGGACCUAUAUCGGAUGACUCGUCGAAAAUUCGAGUGAUUAAACGUUUGAUGUAAUAAUAUAUUAUAUAUUUUUAUGGUGACUUCGAAUAUAAUAUUAUCCACUUACACACACAUAGACACACAUACACACACAACACACACAAACACACAUACACACGCAAACACACAUAUUUAUGUAUAUUUAUAUCGUGUAGUAAUAAUAAUAUAAUAAUAUCUAAGUGUAAUACGUUUAUAUUAUAUAGCAUUAGAAAUUAGAAUUUCUAAUAUAUAUAUUAUAUUAGACGACAGCGUGUUUUAUAUACGGAAAAAAAACGGAGUGUGAUUGAUUGACCGAUCGAUUUGCUAUUUUAACAGGCACUUCUCUCUUUUUUUUUGCGCACACAUAUACACACGUAAGUACAUUUUAUUGUACACAUCGUUAAUCUCUCUGGACUUGAUCUUUGAAUUUAGAAAAACCGCAACGUUUUUCUCUCGUACAAUUUUUUUUCUUCGGUGGCUAUAUAGACGCAUCACGUGUUUAGUAUUAGAUUGAUUAUGGCGAUUUUAUUAUCUUUAAUAUCAUAAUAUUAUAUGGACUGCACCGUAACGCGAUCGACAGACGCCAACAACUGUGCACGACAAGCCCGGGUAUUGUGUACUAAGCAUAUUAUUACAAUCAUACGCGGUCACGUCAUAUAAUAUAAUAAUAUAUCUCAUAACAGUCGACUUCACAAUAAUAUUACUAUAAUUUAUUAUUAUUUUUUUUUUUUUUUUGUAUAAAAAAACAUCAUUCGGAUAUUAUAGAUCCUAACUGCAUAAGUGCAUAUUCACAUUGCAUAAUAAUAUGUAUUUAAUCGGAUAAUUGGAAUCGUCCUGCUCGGUGCAGGUCAUCGUAAUAUCAUCCAUCGAUUAAUUUAUCGUUCCCCGUUAUUUCACUAUAGGUAUCACUAUUAAUAUUAUAUAUCUAUUACGUACUUUGUAUGUUCUGUACUAUCGUUUUUGGACUUGAAAAAAAGAAACUCGAGAUGAAUUCAAGUCGCUUCGUACGAACAAUUCCCGAGCGACCGACUAAAACAAACAUUUCUCUCGUUAACAUAAAUUAUUAUAAUAAAAAUAUAUAUACGGUAGCCACCGAGCGGGGAAUAUAACAAAAAAAAAAAAAAAAAAAGACAUAACAACGCCCGAGACACACAUUCGACGUAGUAUAAUAUUCCACCAUUUAGCCAAUUUUAGUGUUUAAGAAAUUUAAUGUUAGUUUGAAAUAUUAUUUCUCUACGUUUGUCCUCUGGCAACCGUCGAGAGAUUUCUUUCGUUCUAUAAUUUAUAGAAUUUAAUAAAAAUAAUAAUAAUAAUAAAAAAACAUGUAGAUUUUAGUUAAUAUUAAUAUUAUUACAAUUAUUAUAUGUCUGUCAAAAACUUUUACUGGCUGUGCUCAAUAGUAAAUCUAUUUAUCGAGUAAACAUUAUUUGUAAUUUAUGAUUAGUAAUUUUAUUUUAUUUUUUAUCUACAUUGAUAGGUGAUAUACUUUGGUGGUUAUCUCGAGUAGUGAAAUACUAUUUAUUUUUGUUACUGAAUAAAAGUAAUGAGUAACUAUAUUAAUUAUCCUAAAAAAAAUAUAUAAUGUAUAAUUAUAAAUUUUUUCUGGCGUCCUUAAUAAAAUGCAACACCGUCAAUUUUUUCAUUCGUUGCGCCUCCUAGUUAAAUUUUAAUCUCGUUUUUAACACUUAAUUAAUUCUAUAUAAAAUAGAAUUAUUAUCUAUAUUCUAUACACUUUAAAAUUGUCAUAAAAAAUUAUUUAUAAAUUGUUCACAGUUAAAUAAAAUUUAUUUCUUUUAUGGAUAAGCCACUAUCGCAACACGCCUUUCACAUAAUUUAAACACAAAUACGUGUCACAUAAAAAUAGACUAAUAUUUAUACCUAUUAAUCGAAAUAUCACGAUCAAAUUAUUUCUUAUCAAUUGAUGGUAUGCAAAUGAUUAUAUUAUUAAUACUAACGUUUAAUAAUUUACAUUUUUAAAUUUCUACAAAAACAUUUAUUUUCAAUCUAUAUUAAAAAAAAAAAAAUUAAUAAAAUGAAAAAAAAAUAACUAUUUAUAAGAUGUCUUGAAUUGUUAGAUCACAUAAAACAAUUAUUAAAUUGUAUUUUUUUAUGAACUAUCAAAAUAAUUAACUAUAAUUGGAAUUUGUACCUUAUAACUUAAUAUAUUAUUACUUGUAACGAAACCUAUAAAUUAUAAUUAUAGAUAUUUGGAAUAAUUAAAAAUAUUCGAUACACGUGUUUAACUAGUACCUAUUUUGUGUUUAUUUACAAAUAUAAUAAACUUACUAUUAAACAAAUUGAGCUGUACUAUAAUUUGUUUUCAACUUAAGGUUAUAAUUAGUUUAAGUCAAUGUUUAAUGUAAUUGUUUAUUUUUAUUCACACGAUCAAUGUACUAUAUAGAAAAUAUCACUGUUGGUCUAAUUUAAACCGUUUACAUCAGUAGUAUUAAAUAUACAACGCUUUGCAUCCAAAUUACUCGUAUUUUUCAAGUUCAGCUUAAAAUAUAUGGUCGUCAAAGCCCCUAUUGUUCGGAUUUGUCCGGACAGACAAAAAAUAAAAUCAUAACGUUCGAGUGUACAAUACUAAGGUAAUAACAUUUUGUGGUCUAUGAAAAAUGUCUCAAGUUUAUGUAUAAAUGUAUCUUGACAUUGUCAUUUUUCUACCUGUCCGUAAUUCGGAUGCAAUGCGUUAUUUAUAUUGUUUAGCCUUAAAUUAUUAUGUUAUUUUUAGAUAAAAAUUAUCAAAUAUCUAGGGUAAAAGUAUUACUGAUUAAAAUUAAAGUGUACUUUAGAUUACGUUUAAGUUGAUAAAAUAAUAAUAAUAUAUAUAAAUAUAUAAAUUAUAUGUCAUAUAUAUUCUUAAGACAUAUUAUUGUACGAUUUAAUAUUUAUAUAGUUUGGGCAACAGGACCAAGUGGAUUGUAGAUAAAUGUUUAUCAAAAAUCAAGAAAUAAAAUAUAUUAUAGAUUACAUGUUUUA